AUGUCUCCACGUAUCCCUCGACUCAUCCAGCCAUGGUCCACUAUUCCCAUUAUGCUGUCCCAGGGCGAGGGUGACAUCGAGGCAAACUGGCACCAAAUGCGACCUCACUUCUCCGCAGCCUGCUGCCCUACGGCAAGGUUUCAGGGAUGCCGCAGCCGCAAAUCGCCGAGGACGCUCGUGUAUGCAACAAAGCAACAAAUUCAUUCAAGUAACGCCAAUAUGCCAUAUGCCCUAUGCCGUAUGCCCUAUGCACUGGGUAUUGAAUCCUGUACCAUCUUCCCACCACCAAAAUACGCCAGGUCCGAGCAUGUGCGAGAUACAAAGUAUGUGCAGAGAAAAGAAAAGAAGCAGGAGACGAGGCCCGACAAAAAGAAAGCCUAUGGCUAGCGGGAAGCUCGCUGAGAGGACGGAAACAUUUAUCAGAUGGAAACUCGUGUUCCCAUACCCACGCACAAUGGCACCGGAUGACAUUGAAGGUGGAGUAACGAAAAGCAACCUCGAUAAGAGGAAUACGUGAGGCCAACUGUCACCCAAUCGUUUUCCGACAGCAGGGCAAAGCAAGGGAGUUGCCUGACCGCUUAAAGCCAG